UCAAGAAAUAAGGAACUAAUUCAGUUGGGCGCACAGUCUUUAGCGUUGAUCCGUCGGGUGAAGAACAAAGCAGAGCAUCAAAAACUAAAUAAAUAAACAUGGAUGUGAUUGAUGAUGAUCUUACACCUGAGCAGAUUGCCGUGCUGCAGAAGGCCUUCAACAGCUUCGAUCAUCAAAAGACUGGCAGCAUACCCACCGAAAUGGUUGCCGAUAUCCUGCGUCUCAUGGGCCAGCCCUUCGACAAGAAGAUUCUCGAGGAGCUGAUCGAUGAGGUCGAUGAGGACAAAUCGGGCCGCCUGGAAUUCGAGGAAUUCGUGCAGCUGGCAGCCAAAUUCAUUGUGGAGGAGGAUGACGAGGCCAUGCAGAAGGAGCUCCGUGAGGCCUUCCGUUUGUACGAUAAGCAAGGCAAUGGCUAUAUUCCCACCUCCUGCCUGCGCGAGAUUCUGCGCGAGCUGGACGAUCAGCUGACAGAUGAGGAAUUGGACAUUAUGAUUGAGGAAAUCGAUUCUGAUGGCUCCGGCACCGUGGACUUUGAUGAAUUCAUGGAAAUGAUGACGGGCGAGUAAGCCAAACAGCUUUGCGCGCUAGCAACAAAUCAACAUUUCUACAUUUUUACCUAACCGAAUGCACAAGAGUCUAAAAUAAAAUACAUUCAUACACACACACACACA